AGGGGGCGGGAUGAAGCCUCCAAGUCACCCUGCCUGUUUGACUAGCUAUACAGUGUUACCUUCCCCGUAUAGACAACCAAUGACAUGUUACACUGUUUACUCCGCGCUGUUUUACUGCAUUAGAAUUAAAUAAUCAUCGUAGCACAUACGCAUUUAGCAGAGUGAAAUGAGAGCUGUUCUGCUGUUUCUCUACAUCUCCACAUCAGUCCCUGUUAUCAGAGGCACCCUCUCCAAAACAGAUGCCAAAAAACUCAAUAAAGUCCAGGACGCUGACACAGCGGUAGCGGAUCAGCCGGUGCAGGAGCGAGGUUUGAUAGUGACUACUCCCCAGUGGAGAGAUGUAGUGAGAGAAGAGAAACGAUUUUGCCCUCAGACCGUAUCAACACGCCACUUUCAGGGAGCAGUGCUGGGAUACAUCACACCGUGGAACUCCCAUGGGUAUGACAUUGCUAAGAUUUUCGGGCCUAAGCUGACCUCCGUGUCUCCGGUAUGGCUCCAGAUCAGACGCAAAGGAUCGGAAAGCUUUCAGAUUACCGGCCUUCAUGACAAUGACCAGGGUUGGGUCAAGGCUGUGAGGAAAGCGAACAAAAAAAAUAAAAUAUUACCUCGGUUAUUAUUUGAUGGCUGGUCUUAUCAGGAUUACAUGAGCGUUCUGGACAGUGAGGAUGAGAUUGAGGAGAUUGGUAGAGAAAUCGUUGAGGUGGCAAAGGCUGAAGGUUUUGAUGGCUAUACUCUGGAACUGUGGAGUCAGCUGGGAGGAAAUAAGAGAAACGAGCUGAUCCACUUGAUUACCCAUUUGUGCAAGUACCUAAAUGCUGGGAAGCUUACCUGCGUUCUUGUCAUUCCUCCAGCUAUAAUUCCUGGGUCUAAUCAGCCAGGCAUGUUUGGAAGGGAAGAAUUUGAAAAACUGGCUCCUGUUGUUGAUGCAUUCAGUUUGAUGACUUAUGACUAUUCCAGUCCGGGCAGACCAGGCCCUAGUUCUCCUCUGCCUUGGAUGCGAGAUUGCGUGCUCCAGAUCACACCACAGAGCCAGUGGAGACACAAAAUCCUGCUGGGCCUCAACAUGUAUGGCCUUGACUUCACUGUCAAUGGAGGAGCUGAGCCCCUACUGGGGGGCAGGUACAUCGAGCUUCUAAAGGAUGUCAAACCAAAGCUUAUUUGGGAUGAGUAUUCAGGAGAACACUAUUUUAAUUACAAAAGAGGUUCAGGGAAGCAUACUGUCUAUUAUCCGACUCUGAAGUCUCUCGAGUUACGAAUUGCCCUGGCGACAGAACUCGGUACAGGACUCUCUUUGUGGGAACUUGGACAAGGCUUGGACUAUUUCUAUGACCUUUUGUGAAUUGGACACAUGGAAACAAACUGUACAGUGUAAUCCCUUCUUCCAAACACCGAUGGGUAAUGGUACAUUGUUCUUUAUGACGGUGUCACUCCUGAGCAUGCUAAUAAAACUUUUUAUUAUAUAACAAUAAAAAAGGAAAAAUGCUGUA